GCCCGUCACGUGACUGCUCCGCUUCCAGUCCCCGCGGGCGUUGCUGGGCAACGGGGACACGCUGCCCGCGGCUGCAGAGAGCCGGGCCCGGAGCGGAUCUGCCCCCCGCCAGCAGGCACCAUGGAGAUCGUCUACGUAUAUGUGAAGAAGCGCAGCGAGUUUGGCCGACAAUGCAACUUCUCCGACCGGCAGGCCGAGACCAACGUGGACAUCCAGCCAGACCCGAGCCAAGCCAAAAACUUCAUAGAGAGGGACCCCAUUGAUGCUGCAAUACAGUGUGCCAGUGAUAUGUCGGAGCAUGAGGUCAACACGGAGAGAUUUGAGAUGGAAAACGAGGGGGUUAACCACUUGGAAGGAGGGUGGCCAAAAGAUGUCAACCCGCUGGAGAUGGAGCAGACCAUUCGCUUCCGGAAGAAAGUGGAGAAAGAUGAGAACUAUGUCAACACCAUCAUACAGCUCGGCAGUCUGAUGGAACAUUGCAUCAAACAGAACAAUGCGAUCAAUAUCUACGAGGAGUACUUUGACGAUGAGGAGACAGCAGACGUAGCAGAUGAGCCUCCGUCUGCAAAAACCAUCAAUGUCUUCAGGGAUCCAAACUUAAUCAAAAGGACAGCCACGCAUCUCUCCUGGCACCCAGAUGGAAGCAAGAAGCUGGCAGUAGCUUAUUCCAGCCUGGAGUUCCAGCGAAGCUCCAAAGAUAUGAGCUAUGAGUCAUACAUAUGGGAUCUUGAAAAUCCCAACAAACCAGACCUGGUUCUCAGGCCAUCAUCCCCGCUUAUGAGCCUGGAAUACAACCCCAAAGACUCUCACAUCCUGGUUGGAGGAUGCUAUAAUGGACAGAUCGCUUACUGGGACACCAGGAAAGGAGGACAGCCGGUGGAGCUUUCCACCGUAGAAUUCAGCCACAGGGACCCCGUGUAUGGAAUGAUCUGGCUUCAAUCCAAAACCGGCACAGACUGUUUCUCCGCUUCUACCGAUGGGCAGGUCCUGUGGUGGGAUAUCCGUAAGCUGACCGAGCCCACGGAGACACUGGUGAUGGACAUCAGCAGGAAAGGAGUCUUGGAGAAUGCUUUAGGAGCCAUCGCGCUGGAGUUUGAACCAACCAUGCCGACCAAGUUCAUGGUGGGGACAGAACAAGGCGUGGUGAUCACCUGUAACCGCAAGGCCAAGACACCUGCUGAAAAGAUAGUUGGCACAUACAGUGGGCACCAUGGCCCCAUCUAUGCCCUGGCAAGGAACUCUUUCUUCCCCAAGAACUUCCUGACAGUCGGGGACUGGACUGCUCGGAUCUGGUCUGAGGACUGCAAGGAAUCAUCCAUCAUGUGGACCAAGUACCACAUGGCUUACCUAACAGAUGGGUGCUGGAGCACUAUCCGGCCAGCUGUCUUCUUCACAACCAAAAUGGACGGGACCCUUGAUGUCUGGGACUUCCUCUUCAAACAGAACAACCCCUCCCUCAGUGUGAAGGUCUGUGACGAGCCUCUCUUCAGCCUGCGUCUGCAGGACAACGGGCGUUUCAUUGGCUGCGGCUCUAAGCUGGGCACAGUGACCCUGCUGGAGGUCUCUUCCGGGCUCUGUACCCUGCAGAGGAACGAGAAGAACCUGGCCACGGCGAUGUUUGAGCGAGAGACAAAGCGAGAGAAGAUCCUGGAGGCCCGGCACCGGGAGAUGCGUCUGAAGGAGCGCACCAAGGCCGAGGGCAAGGAGGAGGACGUGAAGGUGGAGACGGAGGAGGAGAAGCCUGAGGAGCUGCUGGCCAGAGUCCAGAAGGAGUUCUUCGAGAUCAUCGAAGCAGAGAUCAGGAGGAAGGAGCGGGCAGCCAAGCUGUCGAAAGCCCAGGAGAAGGAAGUUACAGAUGAAAACGAGGAUGAAGACCCCUACAAGGAGGAGUGAGCCUGGCGUGUGGCUCGCACAGUCGCACUUAAUUUAUUCUCGUACCAGUGCAGGUUGUUUCCCCUUUUGAGCUUUUCUACAAGACAGACUGGAUUAAUAAACAGCAGCAUUUUUAAGCCA